CCCCUGGCGCCACUGUGACAGAAUUUCAAAGCUUUGCAUUACUAGUAAGUCGCAGAACUUUGGUAUUUGCUUCUGUGCGAAGGGAAACACGGUCCAAAGAGUCCUGGAAGGGAAGAAGUCAUCAAUGCUGAUGGAGAUUUUCGGAUGGAAAACUGCAUAAAACCCCUUUCUGGCUUCGCCCUUUCCAAGUCAACCUCCAUGUUGUUCGGAAAAGAGCCUCAUGUGCUACGUGAGACAAAACCCCGGCUCAGUAGCAGCAGGUACGAUGCUAAAAGUGACAAGUCCGAGCUUCAAAAUUUCUCAGAUCAGCUCUCAGCUCGAAUGAAGGAGACUGUCCCGUUGACUGAGUCUUUUUUAGUGUGCUGUCUCCUCCUUCAACUCAGCUUCGUUCUGAUUGAUACUCUUCCGGAAAAUGGAUCUCUCAAUUCUCACUUGGACUGCCCUCGAAUACUCUCACAGAUGCAGCCUGAUAUAGCCCGGGUAGAUCCUCUGCUAAGAAAGGCGGAGAAGUUGGUCCUCAGAUCGUGAUCUUGGGGUCGUGUGGAGGUACCACUGUCUGAAGCUUUCAAUGACUUGGUUGAAGUCGAUCUGCGCUAAGCAUAUCAGGAGAGCCAGAUCCGGGGUGGACGCUCAGUCCUUUGUGCGCGGUGCGGAAGACCUGUAGGCAGAGCCACGAUCCUCCGACUGCCAUGGGUCAAACAACUUCCGCCUGUUAGUCUGUGUACAUGUAAUGGGUCAAAGUAAGUUGACACUUACCAGGAUUACAAAAUCACUGUUGCAAUGUGGGCAGAUCAGGCUGCGUGGUGGGCGCUGUUUCCAUGUGUGACUGCAAGCAAGACAGUGGGCGCUGGGACUCUCCGGAGCUGGAUCUGUUCCAGGUACAUUUUCCCUUUUCACAGGUGGCGGUUCCAUUUUGCCCUUCUUCCGAACUGGGCCUGCUUCAGGUGCAUCUUCCAUCUUGAUAGUUGGUGAUUGCUGUUUGUACUUCUUCCUGUAUGAGCGUUCAUCGUCUCUCGAACUGGGGUUUUCAAGCCAGCUGGCACCCCUCUUGUGAGUCAGUCCAGUCUUAGCAGUGCCUUUGCC